AUGCCAGGCGUUUCCCCACCCGAUUUAUCCAUUACAUCAGCUAAUGAAGAUGAAGAGAAACGCAAAGAAUUAUUACAAAUGUAUGUUUUUGUUUUACGCUGUAUUGCUUAUCCUUUUAAUUCUACCCAUCCUUCGGAUAUUCCACGCCGCUAUAUUAAAGUCACUCGAACCAAUUUAGAAACUAUUCGUCAACGAUUUCGAUCCUUUCUUAAUGGCGAUACACAAAUUGUCGCUGAUGAAGCAUUCAUUUUAUCCGUCGAAUCCUACUGUGAUAUCUUUCUCUCUAGUGAUCGUAUCACUAAUUUAGUUAAAAGUGGCGGUUGUUCAUCGCAUGAUUUACGCGAAUUAUUUCGUAAUUCCAUCGAGAAACGCGUUCGCUGUUUACCUGAUGUAGAAGGAGUAUCACGAGAGACGGUGAUUAGCUCUUGGUUGGCUAAGUACGAUGCAAUUUAUCGUGGCGAUGAAGAUCCUCGCCGUUCUAAUGCUCGAAUCAAUGCAGCCAACAUGGAUCUCUACCUGUCCAAAGAUCAUUUAUACGAUUUAUUCCAAGGCAUCUUGGAUGUACCCAAAUACGAGCAUCAAAUUUUAUAUAACGCUUGCCAGCUGGAUAAUUCCGAUGAGCAAGCUGCCCAGAUACGCCGUGAAUUAGAUGCCUUAAGACAUGCUAUAGAAAACAACUCGUUGGUAAGUCAUAAACUUCCACAACUUGAAUUUACCAAAAAUGAAAUGAAAUUACGCUAUAAAGAGGAGCGAUGGAAUGCCUACAAGCAAUUAAAGGAAAACUUGGAGAAAUUACCGCUAUCCAAAGUUAACCCUGAUCAUAAACCUAAAAAAGGGGGUCAUAUAAUUAAUGCUUCAAUGUUGAUGAAUGAAGACAGCGAAUCAACUCUCACUAAAUCUGAUACUGCAUUAACAUUUACCUUAGAGGUCAUUAUACACGAAGUACAAGGAAUUAGCUUUUUACAACCCCAUAAAAUCGUCUAUUGCACCAUGGAGAUUGAAGGUGGAGAAAAACUUCGUACAGAUGCUGCCCUUGCAGAUAAGCCAAAAUGGCGCACUCAAGGUGAUUUUAAGAGUAAUCAACCUCUACCCGUUCUAAAAAUCAAAUUAUACACCGAAAAUUCUAGUCUCAUUAGUUUAGAUGAUAAAGAAUUAGGAAGGUUGGUACUAUAUCCUAAUUCAAAUUGGCUUGAGACGCCUGAUAAUUAUGUCAUGACGCCAAAACAUCAUCAAAGUAAUAAUGAUAAAAUAAAAAUUAAAAUUGGUGUCAAAAUGGAUAAACCACAAGGAAUGAAAAAAUGCGGUUAUCUAUACUGCAUGGGUCAAAGCCAUUGGAAAAAGUGGAAGAAGCGUUUUUUCGUUCUAAUUCAAGUCAGUCAGUAUACGUUCGCUUUGUGCAGCUAUCAUACGAAAAAAUCUGAUCCUCAAGAGAUGAUUCAAGUUGAUGGUUACACCGUUGAUUACACUGAUAGUCCACCUGCUGAACUAUUCCACUUUAAGGGCGUCAAAGAGGGUGACUGGAUCUAUUUCGCUUCUGCGGAUGAAAAUGAUAGGCAACUUUGGAUUCAAAAGCUCUAUCAAGCAACUGGACAAACCCAUAAACCUAUCCCGCAUAAUAGUGUUUCUAUUUCUCUUAGUUCUGGCAAAACGACAGAACGUAGCAGAGCGCGGAAGCAUGGUAUGGAAGAUUUUGUCCAAGCAAAUCCACUCGAUUUUGAUCAUAACCGUCUGUUUGCACAAUUGCAAUCAUUAUCGUUGGAAAAGCGUUUAAAUGAUAAUUACACCAGUCUGGGUUGGCUAUCGCCUGGACAAAAAUUUCUUCUUGAUGAAUUUAGCUCUCGAUAUGGUGUUCGAAACUGCUAUCGACAUCUUUCCUACAUCGAUGAACUCUUAACCUAUGCCGAUAAGGGCCAAAUGAUUGACGCUACUCUGAUACAGUACAGCUAUAUGCAUUGCAUUUCUCACUUUAAAAACAGUGGUGUUACUAUAACAGUCGAUGAAAAAGAAAUGUAUGACGACAUAAAUUCAAAAUUACAAACCUGGCUGACAAAGAAUAUUACUAACUUUUGGAAUUACUAUCCCUUUGGAAAACCAGAUGGAGCAUUAAAGGCUACCGUACAACUGUUUGAAAAGCUAAAAAUGGACGACGGUCGAAAAACAGAAAAUCAACAAAAAGAAUUUGCUGCGGAGAUGAAAAAGUUAAUGGAAAUUGCUGCCUUAGAAAAUUAUACUUCCCUUUCAUCAUACGUACAAGCAUCUGCUACCAAUGGAAGUGCAACCGAUUACGAAAAAAAGUUAGAAGAAGUACUUGUAUUAGCAGAGUCCUGCCGAGACCUACUGAGAAUGACAGAAGAAUACUAUGAUGAUAUAUGGAGCAAAUUUCCUGGACUAUUGAAUUAUCAUUCUGAAGUUUUGUGGUCACUUUUCUCGGUGGACAUGGAUGAUGCAAUUAAAGCACAACCGGAAGAUACUUGGAACUGUUUUAUGCUGUUUCAACUUCUUAACGAUUACCUUAAAAGCGAACCCAAUUUGCGAAAUGGAAAAUUUCACAAGCAUCUUAGAGUUCUGUUCGCUCCGAAAGUUAUACGAUAUAUUGACUUGAUGGAAUCGUCUAUAGCCUUAUCAAUUAAUGUCAACUUUCAGAAAGAAACAUGGAUACACGUUGAGGGUGGCAAUGCAGCUUCUGAAGACCUACUGUAUAAAUUGGGCAAACUACAACAGUUUGUAAGCUACCUAAGUUGGCCGGAUGAAGUUUUCGGAAAGCAUUUAACUCAACGGAUAAAUCUUAUGGCAGCAGAUAUGAUAGGAUCGUGCGUUAAAAGAACUUCUGACUUUUUCGAGACAAAGCUGAAGCGAAAAAGACGAAAUAUAGACUAUCUAUUACCUCCAGAGAUCUGUGUUGCGAUUAACGUGGUCGUAUCCUGUCUUAAACAGUUACCAGAACUAUGCGGUGGUGAAGUGGAUGGAGGGCAGCAUCAUUAUCAUACCGAUAUCAAUACCUAUCUUAAUGACACGUUGGUCAUGUUUAGAAACCAGUUAAUCGAAAAGCUUAAUGCAGCUAUUGAAGCUGUACUAUCUAAGCUUUCCAAUUAUGACGAAGGAACAAUUACCGCAUCAUUAUUUUCGUGGAUGGUUAGUAAUCACAAACCUGGUGAUGAACUAGCAACCAACUACAUAAAAAGCGUUGGCCGUAAUUUAAAAAUGUUGAGCGAUAAAAUCAUCUAUGAGAAAUUCAUGGGGCCGCUAUUCUGCUGUUGGUAUGAGAAAAUUUUAUACCUGAUAAAUGAAUGGCUUACUGACCGCUUGGAUGUUUCCCUGCAUCCAUACCAAAUAUCAACAAUUUCCUUACUUAUGCAGGUAUGA